AUGGCCUUUGAAGGUCGUCUCACGUAUGUCAGUGCCGGGGCUGGACAAAUCCACAACCUUAACCGUAAAAUCACUGCUACAUGCCACUAAUUUGGUGGCAUCUUUGUUCAAGGCAAGGUGAUUCACCUCUGCCGUAAAACGCGUGACAACCCCCUCAAGCAGGCCAUCAUUAAUUUGUUGUAGGUAAAUAUGGGAGCCUUCUGUAGCCACAAUGACAUGCUCGCCACGACAGAUUAUGUGAUUGACUUAAGUCAAUCACUACGAUAACAUAGAAGAUUAUUUUUUUUAUCCUACCAAUUCAUCCCAAUUAAAGAUUUUCAAGGCAACUUUAGGUACUGUACUCAAGACCUGCCCACUGCCAUUAUCGGUGCGCAAGUAUGCCUGCUUCCCAAUCGAUGACGAUUACGUACUAAUGGAACUCCACGGACGUUGGGACGCCGAGUAUCAGCAGUGCCUCGCAAGCUAAGUACAAUCGACGAAAGGAUGAUGACUCUGGACGGUAUUUUUCCUUCAUAUACUCAGCAAAAAGGUCAGCCACACUGUUGCUCCCACCGUUCAUCGGUCACUUCCCACGUAUCCUACAACCCAACAGUCCCUGAGCUUAUGAUACGUGGAUGGUGAAGGGAGGCAGUGAAUACCAAUAUAGCAUUCCCUAAAAUAACCUUCUGUUUUCCUGUUGGGUUGUAGAUCAUCAUGUCUCAGGAGUUACCUCCAAAUGAGAAUGAGAAGAACAAGAGACAGUCUAAAAGCCCGUAUGACCCCCUAGUUUGGGCCCUGGGGGAGAUGCCAGAGGUGGCAUCGACGUCGGUAUGCCUACCUAUUGUUUACCGAUUUUCCGUUUCAGGGAUCAGAAGGGGAGGCCACAGACUCCAGCUCAACCAUACCAGGUUGUGCGUCUCCAGUUCAUACGGGUAAGCUUCAAACAUCUGUAUGCGACUUGCGUAGGUCAUAGGCGUCUUUUUAAUACACCAAGGCAAAGUGGACCCACAGGACCUCAGCAGCCUCGCCGGCGACGCCGGGCCAGUAUGAGGCAGGGCUUACGGUGGCUAAUGCAAUCCGUCGCCAUGCUGAUUGGUCAGGUAUCUGAGCUACGCCAACAGCAAGUAGCUAUGAUGAACCAGAACCAAUGCCACGGGUGCAUGCCAAGCAGCCCUUGUGCGUCCUCGAGAUUCACUUUGAGUCCGGUUGGCACGCCAGAGCAACUGGACACCAUCACUAACGCCCUGGGCGAGGAGGCCUAUCGCCACCAACUGGUAAGCUAUGUAACUUACUAGUUUAUUACUUUGCUAGGUGACAUACCUAAGCUCGCUUGGCGGGGACACCGUUGUGUCCUUCGUUGAUAGCGUGUUCGGAGCGCUGUUCUCCGAAGACAUUACGUCCUUUGUCACCUUUUAUGGGCGACAACAAGGAAAGAGGCCGUUCUUCGGAACGCCUCUGUACAAUUUGGUUCUAGGUAAGAACUACACUGCAUGUAUGCUGAUGGAUUUUAUUAUAGAGGUCUUCGACCACUGGAAUCGAGGACAGCGCUCCGACCGUCACCAGUUGGAGCGGGCAAUGAAAAACGCCUUCAAGCGGGCAUAUGAUAGGCUUUUGAAAAGGCAAAUUAAGACCAAUAUUAACAGUGAGUCUGCUUUUAACAUAAAUACAUUUAAUUUAAUGUAAUUGAAAACUUAUUUUUUAUAGAAAUUAAUCUCAAUUGUUUCCGUUGCAGAUUCACAAAAACAAAUUGGUGGCGCGGGCCCCUCAUCGGAACAAUGA